AACAUAUAAUUAGUAAAUGCCCUAAGGUAGAAGAAUUAGAUAAAAAAUAUGUUGCUCUAACUAAGACUCUUACCAAUAAACAAACUAUUGAAUUUCAACAACUAAUUAAUGUAGUCUUUGAAAAUAACUAUAUCAAUGAUGAUCAACUUCCUCAGGCUUUAGAAUUAGUACUUGAGAUAUUAGAGGAUUUAAUAGAUAGAGAAAAGCUGAUGAAAAAUAUAGUUUCAAAUCUAGAAGAUCUCUUAAUAUUGCCUCAAAACAAGAAAGAGUUUAUCUUUAAAAAUUUUAAUUCUUAUUAUAUUCUUGAUGAAUCUGUAAAAAGGUCUUCUAAAAAUAUAGAGCUUGAUUUUGAGAAAGGAAAAAUUAAUCUAGAACCUUUUCUCUAA